CGUCAUUUUCCAAAGCAACCAGCGCUUGAUUACUGCCGAGCGCCACGAACGGUAGCGUAAUAAAAAAUACCGUAAAUUUUUUUACAAUUUAAUCAAAAGCUCAACAGAAAGCGACGAUGAGUCUUUCAUUGAAGACGCCUGAUUUCAGCAAAGGAAGAGGCUCUAAAGGCAAGCGGCGGGAGCUGGGCGAAGAACAAAAGCAAGAAAUCAAAGAGGCGUUUGAUUUAUUUGAUACGGAUAAGGAUCGUGCUAUAGAUUAUCACGAACUGAAGGUUGCAAUGAGAGCUCUUGGAUUUGAUGUGAAGAAAGCAGAUGUUCUGAAAAUCAUGAAGGACUAUGACAGAGAAGCUUCAGGCAAAAUUACAUUUGAUGACUUCAAUGAAGUCAUGACAGAUUGGAUGCUGGAUAGGGAUCCACAGGAAGAAGUGUUCAAGGCAUUCAGAUUAUUUGAUGAUGAUGACAGUGGCAAAAUUAGUCUCAGGAAUCUGAGGCGAGUAGCAAGAGAACUGGGAGAGAAUAUGACAGAUGAGGAGCUUAGAGCUAUGAUUGAUGAGUUCGAUAAAGAUGGAGAUGGAGAAAUAAAUGAGGAAGAAUUUCUGGCCAUCAUGACAGGAGAUACAUAAAGACAGGCACCUUUGGAAAAAAUGUAUACUUGUAUAUUUUGCUGGAAAAUCUGUGAACAUGCCCUUUAACAAUAAGAUAUUUUUUUUUACCAGGAAUAAGCAGACAUGUUGUAAAUUGUACUUUCACUUAGCAAUUUGUAAAUUGUUUAUGCUAAUGGAAAUGCAUACCUAUUUUUAAUUUACUUACUUAAAAAUCAAAGGAAAAUUAGAUUUGGGUUGAUGUAUCCCAAAAUGUGGUGUCAUCAAAUGUUUUGAAGAUGUGAUCUUGGCUGAUUCCAAUACUGGACAGAAUAUAUGAAAGUAUUUAGCUUUUUUUUAAUUGUAUUAUUUAUUAUGACAACGCCAUUGUAGAUAUUUUAUUACUUCUUAAUAAAAAACUAAACUGUUUCAGUUAGUGACUUCUUUAGCGGAAAGUAUUUACUACCCUGGUAUGAUGGUGGGAACAAAAAGACGAAAGGUUUGGGGAAAUGAUUUGGUUGCCUGUUCAAAUGAAAUAAUAGCCAGGUGACGCAAAUGCUGUUUCCCCUGAAUAAUCAUUUCAGUCGAAGGAGAAGGAUGAUGAUAAGUUAGAAAAAUGCCAGCUCUUACGAUGUUUGAUUGAUGUGAAACCAAAUUCUCAGGGCUUAGGGUCGGCCGCGCUGUGUUCACUUUUUUGUUUUUACCAACCUUCUGGAGUCGGAAAAAUCAGCGAAAACAAAAUUGAUGCGAGCUCCCCGCGGAAAAGGAGUGACUGUUCGUAGUCAAACAUUUUGACGUCCUCUGUGAUUUAAUUUUGAACACAGGGGUCUCAAAAUGUUUUGAAGUAGGAAGUAGUUAGCAAAAGUUGGUGACUGAAAAGUUCAUUAACUUAAAGGCCAACAGGUAAUUAAUUUGACCGGAGUAACCGGCUACAUGUUAUCAAGUAGCUGGAGGAACUCUGGCUGCUUGUUCUGAAACCCCUGUGGAUAGACGCACGGUAACACGGAACCUGCUUCAUAUGAUAAAAAGCAAAUGGUUGUUAGCAGUUGUCAUUUGAGCGUCUGACCUCCAUCAGAUCAUAAGCAAGUAUCAAUCAAAAUGUGUGUAACAUUAAGCUUAUGUAAAAUCUGCUUGAUUGUGACCUAUUAUAUGCCCAACAUUA